GGCAAGCGCAUCUUGCGCGCAUGCGCACCGUUCUUAUCCAGCUCUAAAUAAGAGUUAAAACAGAAACGAGGUUGGUCAUAUGAGUAGAGUGGGAAUGACUGACACUCCACCAAAUGAUGGACCCUCCCAGGGAGCUGAGUUUGACAUGAUAGGUGCUCUGGACUGGAAGGAUGGUAUCGCCACGUUGCCAGGAAGUGAUAUUAAGUUUCGUAUGACAGAAUUUGGGAUUCUAGAGAUGGUAACAGACUUGGAGGUCAAAGGGCAAGAGGCAGUACCUAACUCUGAGACGUUGAACCCUGUUCCUUCUCACACUCCCACCCCUCCACCAGAGGGCCAGUCACGGGUGGGCACAGCUGCCCCUCCAGCCAAUCAGAGUAAGCCAGGAUCAUCUCAAACCAAAGAGGACGGCAUGAAAGUGGAUUUUGGUCCUGCUGGUGUUGAAGUGGGUUCUAGUGCAGACACGGGUCAGAACGGGGAGCUGUCACGCUGCUGCUCCUGCGGAGGACCAGUUCCCAGGGAUGCUUUGCUUCAAGGCAAAUUCUGUAGCCCCGUCUGUGCUCAGCCUUCCAGCGGCAGGUCAUCUCCGGCAGAAGCGCGGGACAGUCAGGCAGUGGAGGGCGAGAGGCUGGGGAAACGUGUUCGCAAAAAGAGGAAGAUCUACAUGGACUCUGGUGAUGAAGAGGAGGACAACCAAGAGGAGCCAGAGGAAAAAGCGAAGAUCAUCAAAGGCAGGAGAGGAGCCAAAAUCACCAAGCCUGUGACCGCGCCUCCCAAUAAGAAACGGGCUUGGAGCUGGCCUGCUUACCUGGAAGAAGAGAGAGCUGUCGCUGCUCCUGUGAAGCUGUUCAAAGAGCACCAGUCAUUGCCUCAAAGCAGGAACAGUUUCAAGGUCGGGAUGAAGAUGGAGGGACUGGACCCGUCUCACCCGUCUCUCUUCUGCGUGCUCACCGUCGCAGAGAUCCAAGGCUACAGAGUCAGACUGCACUUUGACGGUUACCCCGAAUGCUACGACUUCUGGGCCAACGCCGACUCGUGGGAUCUGAAACCAGCCGGCUGGUGUGAGAAGAACGGACACAAGUUAUUAUUGCCCAAAGGCUGUAAAGACGGAGAGUUUAACUGGAGCAUGUAUGUGAAGAACUGCAGGGGCCAGCUGGCUCCAAAACAUCUUUUCAAGAGCCUCAACACGUCUGUGACUCCAUCUGGAUUCAGAGCAGGGAUGAAACUAGAGGCAGCCGACAGGAAAAACCCUUCGAUGGUCUGUGUAGCAACAAUAGCUGCUGUUGUUGACAACCGCCUGCUGAUUCAUUUUGACAACUGGGAUGACACGCAUGAUUACUGGUGUGAUGCCAGCAGUCCAUAUAUCCAUCCUGUUGGUUUCUGUGAAGAAGUUGCCUUAACUUUGACAACUCCACCUGAGUAUAAAGAGCCCAAGAAUUUCUCGUGGGAGAAAUACCUGGAGGAAACGGGGACCCAGGCUGCUCCGGCCCGAGCCUUCAAACCGCGACCUCUCCAUGGUUUCCAGAUGGGGAUGAAAGUGGAAGCUGUCGAUAGGAGGAACCCCAUGCUCAUCCGUGUUGCCACCAUAGUGGACGCAGAAGACCACCGACUGAAGAUUCACUUUGACGGGUGGAGUUCUGAGUACGACUACUGGGUCGAGACGGACUGCCCGGAUCUGCACCCAGUUGGGUGGUGUCAGAAAACUGGACAUCCUCUGCAGUAUCCCAACAGCACCAGUGAGCCUUUGAGUGCCCUGGGACAAGCGUGUCCCACCCCAGGAUGCAACGGUGUCGGACACAUCAGAGGGCCUCGCUACGGGACCCACUACACUCAGGUGAGCUGUCCCUACUCUGAGACGAAUCUGAACAAGGAGGGUUUGGUGCCCGACCGUCUCAGCGGCGAGCGACCUCUCGCCCUCAGCGGGCUUCCGCCACGGGGGCGACGGACCGACCCUCAAACAAAUAGUGCGCCUCAGUCCAACUCGACUCUGCCACAGCCUGAAGGGGCUGUGGAGCCCCAAAACAGGAAACCAGUGACCGGUGAAGCUGAGCUUCAGGGAUGCAACCACCUGCUGGAACCACUGGGUGGUGCCAACGAGCAAAGCCAGAAUGGAACAAGGCCCAAACGGAUGGCUCCAGCUCCCAAAUACUUAAAGAUGCACUACGUCAAGGAGGAGAUGAGUGAUGGAAAAUCUUCUCCAGAAACCAUCUCUCUCCAGCAGGCCCUCCACGAGUCGGUGUUCUCCCCCGGCAUCUCUGCCUCUCCUCCUCACAGAGUGGCUCUGUGCUGGGACAAACACUGCCAGCUGCUGCCUGAGGUCCUGGGGCUGACUGCCAAGAGAGUGGCCACUUGGAGUGCUGAAGAGGUGGCCGGUUUCGUCAAAGGACUCCCAGGAUGUAAAGAACACGCUGCUACUUUUAAAACGGAGCAAAUAGAUGGCGAGUCCUUCCUUCUGCUCACCCAAGCAGACAUCGUUAAGAUCCUGUCAAUCAAGUUAGGACCUGCUUUGAAGAUCUACAACUCCAUCCUCAUGCUGAAGAACACGGACGAAGAAUAAAAAGAACAAAAGCCAACAUGACUCCACGAGGACUCGCUCCCUCCUCUCGGGUCCUGCAGUUCAGACUGUCUCCGUUCAAUUUGGACCUUGUCGUAAAAUCAGCCAGAACAAGUUUGAUUUGUUGUCGGCGAGAAACAAGAGGAAGAAAUCUAAAAAAUUGAAAAAAAUAAAACGUCCCAUCCCCCCCCCCCCCCCCCUCCUCUUUCUCUUAAGAUGAACGGCACUGCUCAACCUGAGGAAGAGCUUCCGAUGAAAACAUUAAAAAUGAAAAAAAUACCGGGACCUUUAAGGCUUCCUAACAUUGUACAGUUAAAGAAAUG